AACCUAUCGCGAGAUUACAACGCGAACGGGGCUGGACUGGAGUGUUUUCGCUUGGCACGCGGGUCAGAAGAUUCUGGAAGAAAGGCUUGCUGUGAGGCUGCCGCCUGUUGUCUUCGUAUAAGGAUCCUCUGAUAGAGGCAAAGAUGGUGAAGGAAACAGGCUUUUACGACACACUUGGUGUUAAACCCAAUGCAACUCCCGAUGAACUUAAAAAAGCCUACCGCAAAUUAGCCUUAAAAUAUCACCCUGACAAAAAUCCGACCGAAGGAGAGAAGUUUAAACAGAUCUCACAGGCAUAUGAGGUGCUGUCAGACGCCAAGAAGAGAGAGGUGUAUGACCGUGGAGGUGAAAAGGCUAUAAAAGAAGGAGGAACAGGCGGUGGCGGCGGCGGCGGAGGUUUCGCAUCACCCAUGGAUAUCUUCGACCUGUUUUUCGGCGGAGGUAGUCGGAUGCACAGAGAGCGAAAAGGAAAAAAUAUUGUUCAUCAGAUCACUGUGACCUUGGAGGAUCUUUACAAUGGAGCAACAAGAAAACUCGCAGUGCAGAAGAACUGCAUCUGUGAGCGAUGUGAAGGUCGCGGAAGUCGUAAGGGAGCCGCCCAGAUGUGCAUGUCCUGCCACGGUACAGGAGUGCAGGUGCGCAUGCAUCAGCUGCUUCCAGGCAUGGUGCAGCAAGUGUCCACGGUGUGCCACAACUGCCAGGGACAGGGCCAGAGAAUCAGCCAGAAGGACCGCUGCAAAACGUGCGCCGGGCGCAAGAUCCUGCGCCAGAAGAAGAUUCUGGAGGUCCACAUCGACAAAGGAAUGAAAGACGGACAGAAAAUAGUUUUUCACGGCGAGGGGGACCAGGAGCCAGGGCUGGAACCAGGCGACAUCAUCAUCGUCCUCGACCAGCAGGAACACGCCAUUUUCACCAGGAAAGAAGAGAACUUGCUCAUGUCGAUGGAGCUGCAGCUGGUGGAGGCUCUGUGCGGCUUUAAGAGGCCGGUCCAGACUCUGGACAGCAGAACUCUCCUCGUCACGUCUCACCCAGGGGAGCUGAUCAAGCCUGGAGACACCAAGUGCGUCCUCAACGAGGGGAUGCCCUUGUAUCGCAGACCUUUUGAGAAGGGACGUCUUAUUAUUCACUUUUCGGUGGUCUUCCCACCAGCCAACUUCCUCCCCAAGCACAAGCUGAAGGAGCUGGAGCGCUACCUGCCCGGAAAGAUGGACACGGAGCAGACGGACAGCAUGGACGAGGACCUCUACAUCUACGCCGACCUGGAGGACUGUGACUUUGAGAGCAGGAGACGACACAGACAUCAGUACUACUACAUGGACGAGGACGACUACCCCAGCACCAGCGGCGUCCAGUGCCACACGUCUUAGGUCCCCCCGCGUCGAGACUUUGCCUGUUCCACAAUCCCCCGUUUCUGAUGCAAUGCACCUUGUUGGACGUUUGUGCACAUUUUUUUCCUGCUGUUGCUUCGUCUACGUUUAAAAAAUUCCCCUCCAGCUCGAAAUCGGAAGAGUCCAGCAGGGCCUGAAAUUCAGAGCGGGUAUUGCGCGCAUAUAAUAACAGCAGGAUAUAUAACGUGACCGUAUGGAUCAAAAAUUAAAACGAAGAAGAGCAUUUCAACUGUUUCAUCUCACUGUUGCCCGCUCUACUUCUCUCUCUCUCUCUCUCUCUCUCUCUCUGCUGGCGGAUUACCUCUUUUGUUAGCCGACGCACAAAGAUUCAGAGCUAUUAACCGUAACGUAAACCAACCACUGGUUAAAACGUAAAUCCACUGUUACAUCAGCUGAGGGGGGAACCCGCUCCCGAAAAAAAAAAAAAAAAACAGGAAAGAAGUGAAGCCAGUGAUGUCGGGAAUGACCCGGAUCCUCCGUCAGGUAGCAAGGGUAAGGUUACGAAGACGGGUUUCAGGCUAAUCGGCUCAAAAUAUAUCCAUGGCCGGGACACAACGAUGGUGAAAUUAACUGCCGUCUUUGUAAAACCUGCGGUGCUGAGCUUUUUACCAGCCCGUGUUAUAAAAGGUCAACUUUGCAGCGCCGCGCCGACGGUGUUUCUCACACAGCGGCAGCGAAAAGAAGACGGCAUUCAGCAAAAGAUGUGAUGACGGCUAAAGCUCUUGAAAAUGCACAGUUGCAAUGUGAACAGGGAACAACAGGGAUUUUAAAAAGUGUCUCCUUUUAUCGCAGAAAACGAAUUGGCCAAAGCAAAAGUUUUGCCGUCUCUGGUUUAAUGAAUUUACGACGCGGCGUGUCCCGCUUUUAAAAAGCUUAACAGAAAGACAUCAAGCUGUGGUAGUUACCUAAAUGAAAACGGAUUGUAGGAAAUGAAUUAAUAAACGUCUCCUGUUGACUCCUGUGUUAUUAAGGGAAAUGAUUGGCUAGAGGAGAACAAACAGGGAAGGGAGGAAGUGACAAACUAAAGAUGCAUAUUAUUCUAAGGUAUGAGUAGGACAGGGUAAGACCUCUUUUCAGACUUAUAGGUAUUUUACCCUCUCCUCCCGAAAAAAAAAAAAAAAAAACAGAAUUGUAAGGGUGGACUUCCCCUUACUUUGAAAACUGAAUUUCAGGCUCUGGUCCAGACUCCCUUUUUAUUUCCACUAAUUGUCUUUUGGACUUGAUCUUGGAUUCCUCAUUCCUUCUGGGACCAUAUUUCAAUCGUUUUUUUUUUUGUUGUUUUUUUUCUAAAACACUGUGUUUAAACAUGAGGGCUGGUAUCACAGUGUCUGUAGAGGAAGAAGAACUCUGCGUUUAAAGCAUUUUACACUAAAACUGAUGCCAAUAUUCAUUUAAAACAAGCCUUCUCUAAUCUGCUGUUGCUUAAUCCGUGGUGGUGAACCGCUGCCGGUUGUUUCCGAGGACCCAGAGUUCAGGCGGAGCGUUAUUUAAAAGUUUUUAUGCUGACCUACCCUUUAAAGGGCUAUUUUAGAACAUUUCUAAACAAUCUUAAAAAUGUGACUGAAAGACGCUGGUGCGAACGAAGGAGGCAGUACCGCUGCAGGCUCAAGCCACUAAAUGGUCGAUAAUUCAAACUAAUGUUUUAGGUUUUUGUAUCUCACUUCUGAGCGUCAGCGCGGUCUUGGGUUUGGCAGCGGACGUUUAACGGCGUGUUUUCCACGCGUAAUUAUGUUAGGUUUAAAAGAUGGAUGUUGCUGGUUGUUACGACGGUUAUAAAGAAAAAAAAAGUACCACUGGGUAUAAAGUGCCUGUUGCACCUAUGUUGUCAAAUGAAGAUGAACCAAUGUCAGGAUUUCUCCUAUAGAGGCAUGAUCUUUAAAUCAAGAAAAUAAAGGCUGGUUCACGCGGCAGGAUUUAAAAAAAAAUUUCCGCCCCGAUCUUCCCCUUCCGAAAGGGGCCGAAUAUCGGCAUUUCUCUUAAAAAUAAUUUUAAAAUAUAACCCUGGAUCUUGUUUAACCAAGGCCUUUUCUUUUUGUUAUGUUUUUUGUUUCUGUUAAAAUCAGUCCACAGACUAUAGUCAUUGUUCUUCCCCGUCGUCCAUGUUUGUUUUACUCUGAACUCACGUUUGAGCUUGAGAGGAUUCGCAAGACUUCCCGUCUGAUAUCUGACUGAUCUCAUAUGAAAUGUGAGUGUCGAUCUUUCCGACUAUUUUAAAAUCCUGCCGUGUGAACCAGCCCUAAAGCAUUCAAAUCUGGAAUUUAGAGAAUAAAUCUAUCUAGAGUUGAAUAUUGAUGUUUUGCUGUCGGUACCGAAGAUUGGUAAUUGUGUCUUAUUCUUGUGAAAAACCCCAGCAGAUCUUGGCCGUUUAGGCGGGUGUGUUUUUAAAUUUGGGAAGUUUGAUACCUCAUUGAAGUGUUUGUCUGUUUCAACGCCUUAUCAUAACUGGACUUGAAGCGACUCUGAUUAUGCAGCGUUCUUUGGAGCGGAUAUUGGGGACCAGCUGCGCUCCCCGGAGGAAACAUUCAAGAGCUCCUCUCUAGAAAGCGGGUUUAUAUCUGAGAGGUUAGAACUACAGUAAGUUAACCUGAGUAUUAAUUUAACUUGAUCGAUGUUCGGACCAAGAUUGUUUAUCAUGUUUUGUUAAUAAAUGUCAUUUUGGGGUCUUACUAAA